AUGCAUCUUUCUUCUAUGGUCAUCAUGGGUCUGGCCCCCUUGGCUCAUAGCUUCCCUCACUUUGCCAACUCUGGAUUGGGACACCCAAUCCGGUCGCCGGUUAUCAAGUCAGGAAAUGGAACCGGACGUCUGACGCCGAAUCACUUCUUCUGGAAAGCUCCGGGACCCGGUGAUCAACGGUCCCCGUGCCCGACGAUGAAUACCCUCGCAAACCAUGGCUUCGUUCCACACGACGGUCGAAACAUUACACUCGAAAAGCUCACAAAAGGGGUGAAGGAUGCAUUGAACGUGGCUGAAGCCCGCGCUCUCAACAUCUUUGAGACCGCUCUUGCAGUCAACCCUCUUCCCAAUGCCACGUUCUUCGACCUCGAGAUGCUCCAUGCCCACAAUGUCAUCGAACAUGACGGCAGUCUCUCCCGCCGCGAUGCCGUCUUCGACCCCACAAACUCCUUUGACAAGGGGACCUUUGACAACUUUGUCAGCUACUUUGGAGACGAGCAAGCCAUCAACACGUCCAUCAUAGCCAACGCUCGUGCCAGACAUGCCCUCGACAUGAGCGAGAUCAAUCCAAGCUUCUCCAUAAUCCAAGAACAGAUUCCGGUCAUCGUCGGCGAGAACGCCUUCAUGCUGGCCAUCUUUGGUCAUCCGGAAAACCCGGUAGCGAAUAGGUCAUUCAUGGAGUACUUCUUUAGGAACGAGCGUUUGCCAGUUGAGCUUGGCUGGACUCCGAGCGACACUCCCAUUGACACCACGCUGGGCCAGUUCGUGCAGGAUAUUAUUGCUCAGAGUCCUCCCGAUGUGCCCCUCACAUUUACCCCGCAGUCACCUGUUUGA